AUGGUCAACUCAUUCCAAAUCGCCUCUAUCGCUGCCGUCGCCGCCACCGCAUUCGCUUACAAGUCUGAAAAGUACAACGUUGGGAGCUGUAACACCGGCAAGAUUCACUGCUGUAGUACUGACAAGGAUGCACAAGAAUCAACCGGCAAAAACGACGCCUUGAUCUCGACUGGCGACAUAAUCUCACAACUCUCACUUAAUUGCGAUCAGAUCCCACUUCUCAUCGGGAUAGCUAUCGAGGAUGAAUGCAAGUCGACUCCAUCAUGCUGUGAAGAUGCCAAAACGGAUUAUAUUGGCUAUUGGCUAUACCAUUCAACUUCACGCUCACAACACGAGAAUGGACUGAAGCACAAGGGUAACAAGGACAGGUUUAUUAGAAGUAUUUACAAGCGCUCAGAGCAGAAUGAGCGAGACAGGGCAUUUGAGGAACGUGAGUUACGUAGAUUGGAGGGUAUUGGCGGUGCAGCCAGCACGAAAGAGACUGCAACAGGUUUGAAAACACCAGGGAAUAAAACAACAAGCAGUCGAAAGGCUCAAGCGAGUAGAGACCCAUAUGCGAAUUACACAACGGCGAAAUCGCUGGGAUAUGAGGAGGCCGGGAUGACGCAGGAACCGAGAGGAGUCCAAAUUGGAUUAGAAGGGAGCGUAGGUGGUUGGGAGGAAGUACCAAGUAUUCCAAACGCGGCCGCAAAUGAAAAGAAUAAAAGGGGUAAUUCAUCACCUCCACCUCCGCCACACGAGAAAUCGGAUCAGGGGGAAAUGGAUUUGAAUGCAACAAAGACGGCAAGCAGUGGAGAAAUAUACAUACCAGGUAAAACUAACACGCAGAAUACAACAGAAGUGAAAUUCAAGAAGAGAAAGACUAAAAAAUAA